CAACCUAACCUCGCAGACUUUCUGUCUCUGUCGAACUCUCGGUUUUUCAUAUUCUGUACUUCAAACGUUUACCCUCGAAGCUAUUAUCAGUGAAAAUAAGACUCGCGAUUCCUAAACAGUGGUGCCAAGUCUCUCAGCAUGGCUAGUAUUUAAACUGUAUUAAAUUCGGCCGUGCCGGUAGUUGACAUGCAUUAUAGGAAGCGAUCUAUAUUCUAUAGCUCUAUCGGAUUAUACACGAGCGUACUAUUAUUCGUGACGUUGUCAUUGCACAGCGAAUAAUAACAGUUUAAAAAAAAGAUUAAGCAGCAAAAAAUGCAGAGAUACUCUGUCUGAGAAGAAGCAAAGAUAUUACGUGAUGUGCUUGACGAAAUUCUAAUUGAAAGUCCCGAGAGCAUUAACAAUGGAUCAAACAAAUACACGAAGCACUUUGUUUGUGAUUUUUCUACACUUAUCGGUGCUAAACUGUGCUCACUUGACGAGCGUUUACUUAAACGACGCGUCCACCAACACUGGUGACAAUAUGCCAAAAAUUAGCUGGUUAUUUAGCGACUCUGUUGACAGUUCUAGGUAUAAGAGAGCCGUAAUCAACGUACCGGAAGAUAGUUCGUUAAUGUCGAUGAGCCACCAAUGUCGGCAGAAUUUAAACCGCCUCUGCGGUGGCCUCAGCAGCACUAAAGACGAAUUAAUGCUGUUAGAAUGCAUUCAGAGUUUCAAGCCUACAGAAGUGUCUGGCAUCGACGACGACUGCCGACAAGCAAUCUUGGACUACGUCUUAAACAUUACAAACAACACAAACAUAGAACGAUUAGCUAGAAGAACGUGUGGCCAGGAGUUAGACUCGCUGCACUGUUCUUCUUCGGACGAGAAGCACGGUGCGUAUCUCUCGUGCCUAAUCGACAAACGGGAGGAAGUUAAAAAUCCUCAAUGCAUCGAGUACAUACAGAGAUUAGAAUGGAUCGCGUUUAGCGAUUUUAGAAUCAUAACUCCGUUCUCGUCGGACUGCGAGAACGAUAUAAAGAAGUUCAAAUGCGACAAGGUACAACCGUACCGGGACAUGUCCCAGGGGCAGAUAUUAGCUUGUUUGCAGGAGCACGUGAACGAACUACAGCUUCUUUGUAAAAGGCAUAUAUUCCACGUGUCUGAGAUCCAAGCGGAGAACAUUAACUUGGACAGACAGUUGUACCUGGCCUGCGAGCAGGAUCGCAGCAGGUUCUGUCCAAACGUGAGACCAGGCAGUGGUCAGGUGUACAAAUGCCUGAUGCAGCACAAGACCGACAGAUCUAUGACGACGUUCUGUCAGGAGCAGCUGACUAGGAGAGGGAAGCUGAUCGCGUCUGAUUACAGAGUCAGUAAAGGCCUCGUGAAAGCUUGCAAGGACGACAUUAAAAUGAAUCACUGCAGGAGGUCUGUGGUCGAGGAUAAGAACAUAAGACUCGCACAAAUUCUCCUUUGUUUGGAAUCAGCCGCGAAGAACGGGAGUAAAAUAGACGGAGACUGUCAAGCUGAGAUGUUCGAUCAUAGAAAAAUGUUGAUGGAAGAUUACAGAUUAUCACCGGAGAUAGUCGACGGAUGCGCGAACGACAUCACGACGUUCUGUAACAGUUUAGAAAUCGGCGGUGCCACGAUUCAUUGUUUAAUGGAGCACACGAGAACGAAGAAGAAGAAAUCGCGGGUGACUAAUAGAUGCCAAAGGGCGUUGGAGGAUUUGAUCAUGGAAGCCGACGCUGGAGAGGAUUGGAGGAUCGAUCCCGUUUUACGAGAGCAAUGCCAGUCGGUGGUCAAUCUAGCUUGUAGGGACGUACACGGGGGCGAUGCUAGGGUGAUAUCUUGUUUAAUGGAACAAUUAGGUACAGGGAGAAUGACGGAAGCUUGCGAGACUGCUUUGGUACAGAUACAGUAUUUCGUAGCCAGAGACUUUAAACUAGAUCCGCAGUUGUACAGAGCGUGUAAGUUCGACGCGUCGCAUCUGUGCCACGCGAGGAACGCGUGGGCCAACGAUGGGAAACAGAUGGACCCAGAACGAGGUCCACUAGUUUUACCGUGUCUAUACAGGCACGCGUAUCACCCUCAAAAGAACAUGACUCUGAAGACCGACUGCUUAGAAGAGAUCAGGCGCGUCAUGAGGCAGCGAGCUGUAAACGUCGACUUACAGCCCGAGAUAGAAGAAGUAUGUCUGAACGAAUUAGCUUCGCUGUGUUACGACAAAACGGCGAAAGGCGAAGAGAUACUGUGUCUGCAAGACAAUCUAGAUCGCUUGAACAGGAAUUGCAAAUUGGCGGUAGGGAAUUUUACAGAAGAGCAAGCGGAACGCAUCGAAUUAAACCCGAUCAUAUCCGCCGCGUGCCAACACAUCGUCGAGCGUCAUUGUGAGGAGGUAUUAAAAUACGGCAAGGACGAAGGCGACAUGAUGGAAUGCCUUAUAGAACAUAAAAACGAUUUAGACGUGCGAGCUGAUUACAAAUGCAAAGCAGCUGUAGAACAUUUUCAAUUGAUAUCUUUAAAAAACUAUCAUUUCACUUAUAAGUUUAAAGAAGCUUGCAGGCCUUCCGUUAAAAGAUGGUGUCCGAAGUCGAAGACCAAAGCUGAGGUGAUCGAAUGUUUAAGUACAAUUGUUCAAGAGGACACGAUAAAAGACACGCAGCAUCACGUGUCGAAGGAAUGCAGGCAACAGUUAAGGGCGCAGUUGUAUCAACAAAGAGAGAACAUUCACUUCGAUCCUAUUUUACAAUCUCUAUGCUCGACGGAUAUUAAACAGUAUUGUUACAAAGUAGAGCCGGGAAAUUCGCAGGUUCUCGAGUGCCUGGCGGCGCACAAAUCUAAACUGUCCGACAUGUGCCAUAAACAAUUGUUCAAAGUACGGAAACAGGAGUUCCAAGACAGCUCAAGUGAUUUCGCUUUGUUAAACGGUUGCCGGGGGAUGGUCAAGCAGUUCUGUCACGAUAUCAGUCGAUCGCAGGCGUUGGACUGUUUAAAAAGAUACAAAGACGAGCCGUCGUUUGACGAUAAAUGUAAAAACAUUGUAAUCCGACGUAUGAUCGAGCAGAACACGGAUUACAGAUUCAAUACUGCAUUACAGGCAGCCUGUUCUUACGAUAUCAACAAACAUUGCAAGGAGGUUUUAUUACACGAGCCCACAGACAAGGAACUCGAAGGGAAAGUGAUCAGGUGUUUGAAGAUCAAAUUUCGAGAAGAUAAACUCAUGAUGAAAUGCCAGAAUCAAAUGAUUAACAUACUCAAGGAGGCAGCGUUAAAUUAUAAUUUGAAUCCACUGCUAGCUACGAUGUGCGCACACGAGAUAGAGACUAUUUGCAGGGCGGAUGAAAACGACCCGGGGGCAGUGGAGGAAUGCUUGAAAUUGGAAUUCAAUAAUAAUAAUAAAGACAUGAAGGAAGGAUGUCGCAUGGAAAUUGCUAAUAUAAUUGAAGAAAGGAGGGCAGACAUUAACGUGGAUCCUUUAUUGCAAAGGGCCUGCGCUAUCGAUGUUAAUAAAUAUUGCAGCGACGUUCCUCAGGGCGCCGGAAGACAUAUCAUGUGUCUGCAGAACGUGUUAGAGAAUAAUAACAAGCCUUUGAAUCCUGAUUGUUAUAAAAUGUUAACUACCAGAAUCGAGAUGUUCCAAAACGCGGCAGCAAAGUUGAACGCGCCGAGUUCUAUACAGGAAUUAUAUUCGACCGUGAAUCGAUCGCCGGCGAGGCGGUACUUCAUGAUUGUUGCCUUAACGAUGAUCGGUUUGAUCUUCAUCACCGGUUUAUUUUGUGGGAGAGUGACGAGACGAACGAUGUUAAUGAAGAACAAGUGAUAAAUCAACCGGCGCGAGUCCGUCCUGAAACCUCUUCGGCUUGUAAUUAUUAAAUAACAGAGACGAUUUGUGAGAAUCCGGGUGGAACAUACAAGUGUUUAUACUCGCGAGAUAUCAAACAUGCGAAAUACAUAUUACGGGACAGAAGAAUAAUAUCGUUUUUAUAUAUUUUUUUUUCGUUUUAACGUAUAUGUAAAAGGGUAUAUACAUAUAAGAUAUUCACAUAUUGUGUCCACGAUUCUACGAUGUCAUUCAUAGUAUCAUCUUAAGUGUAAAGAAAAUGUCUGAAUGGGACGAGUGUAUCGAGCGUUUUGCGACUGAGCUAGAUUUUAACGAGACGUUAACAGAGUACAUAACGAACGUGUAUGUUCUCCGUUAAUCAGAGAUGAUGACGACGAUGAAAUUUUAUGUCAAUAUUCUAUACAUUUGUGAUAUAUAACAAAUUAGCAAAGGAUAAUAAAAUGGCGACAUUUUAUUGCAGGUAGAACCGAGAUUAUUUGGGCACAAAUUACCUUGGUCUUCCAUUUUUUAGAGAAUGUAAUUUGCGUUUGUCAAAAAAAGGAUUGUGCUCAAUAGCCGACGAUUAAAAAUCUGCUAGAUUAAGGGACAAGACCAAAUAUUAUGUUACAGAUGACUUGGAAACUGUAGUUAUAGUCAGUUGGAUCAGGUAAUAAAUUUUCUUUACAAUGUCA